AGCACUACUACAGACAUUGUGAUUACAAACUUAAAUCGAGUAAGAAAUGUUCAUCAAAGGCCUUCUUCUGCUGUUGGCAGUCAUUUCCUUGUCCACAGGACGACUCCUUCCCGAACCGGAAACGCGUAUUAUUGGCGGAAAAAAUGUGGACAUCGAAAGUGCACCUUGGCAGGUGUCCUUGCGUUUUACAGGAAGUCAUAGCUGUGGCGGAUCAAUUUAUAACGAAAGCAUUAUCAUUACUGCUGCCCAUUGUUUUUAUAACAAGGAUAACACGCCACGACAGGCAAAGGACCUUACGGUUCUUGCAGGAUCCGCAGACAAGCUAUCAAGUGCAACUAUUGUGAAAGUGGCUAAAAUUAAGCCUCACGAGAAUUAUAUCCCUUCCUCAAAGGGCUACGACAUCGGCUUACUUAAAUUAAGUAAACCACUUGACCUAACAACAAACAAAAUCCAAAAGAUUGCUUUGGCAGAGAAAGAUCCUGCUCCUGGAAAAAAAGGCCGGGUGACAGGCUGGGGAUUUGUAAAAAAAACCAAGGACUUUUUUGACAGUCCUGAUUAUCUUCAAGCCGUUGAUAUAGAACUGGGCGUUUGUAAUAAAGAAACAAAAAAAUUAUCUGUGGCGGAUCAUUUGGAGCAACGACAUGCGAAGGAGAUUCCGGUGGACCGUUGGUAGUCGACAACAAAUUAGCGGGAAUUGUGUCAUUUGGUUAC